AUGAUCGCUUCAUACGACCCCUCUACGCGGACCUACUCAUGCCUGUGUCCGGCAGCACUGGGAUACACCACUCAGCCUCAAAACGGCCGAUGUCUCCUCUCAUCGUCCAUCAGUAGCGUCCAAUCCCAGUUUGUGCUCUCGCCGUUGUCUACAACGUUCGGCUCGGAUGGAUCAUUCACAUCGGUGACGGUCCUGACGGACGGGCUCCAAAACAAUUUCCUGGGAAUCCUCACCAUCUGCUACCUCUACAACCUCAAACACCGUCCAUUCUUCCAGACCCAGGCGGACUUGCAGACAUGCCAAAUCCUGGCCAACUACUGCGUUUUGCAGCUCUACAAUCUGCUCUCGGUGCCAUGCCUGGCCUACCAAAAGAUAGCAAUCAACCGCCCGAUCAUUGGGCCGCAGAACAUUGACCAGCCAGAAAACUUCCCUUGGCUCUUCUACGGACUGCUCAGCAAGCAGGACUCGUCGUAUGUCUAUAGCGUGAUUCCGGACAUCGACAUGAGCGUCAAUUCCGCACCGGGCAUCAGCGUCUUCCAGUUCUAUUUGAAUGCCUACGGCAUGGAUGGAUCCUAUCUGGGCAUGGAGCCGCUGCAAACACAGUUACAGCUCUGCCUGUCAACUCGUAACAUGAAUAGCGCCACCGUCUUUUCGAAGGUUGGCCGGAACUAUAUAAACCAAUGCCAAGCCAACAUGCUCACUGUACUUCAGUCGGUGAACUCAACGACCAUAUUUUACGAGCUAUUUGUGGCUGAUGACACCGGAAGCCUCUAUCCGGUCCCGGUUCAAGUCAACGGCAAGCUCGGUCGGCGCUUUUUCCUGGUUGAUGUCGUGAGCGGCAUGUCCAACGGGAAUCUUCUUGCGGUCCGCGCCGCCACUGCGAUCACUCUGACCAUUUCCAAGACCAACAACGCCUCGACGAGCCAGAUAUAUUCACCCGUACUCACCGUCACCGUGUCUGAGCGCUCCUACAGCAAACUCUCGCUCAACGACACAUCGUCAUAUAGCGUACCAACAUUUUCUUUCGGAGUCUACUACUCGGAGAACUACUAUGAUAUCUACCAGCUCUUGGAAGGAAUAUUCUCGGUCUGCUGUAUCCUGUCGUUUGGAUUCGGAGUCGUUAUGACCCGCAUGUACUUUGCCCGAAAUCAACGGAUUCUGCUCAACGUCGAUCUCGUGGGCUGGAUGUCGAUCUUUGCCACUAUCUUUGGAGCGGGUGGGGCAACCUUCUUCUGGUUCCUAUUUGGCGUCUCCAUGUAUUGCCUGAUUUUCUUCAAGGGGCAAAGCGCACUCUACCUGUUUCUGCCUUAUCUCAGCGCGGACAUUUCCAUAUACGAUUCGAUAUUUCUAUCUACGCUGGGAUUAUAUGCUUGCUACAUUCUCAAGAGGAUCAUCGCACAGGCUCGCUGCGACGUGUUCUUUAUUGACUGGGAAAAGCCGCAUGGCAAAGUCAAGGUGCCAGGCUCCGACGAUGCACUCAAGCCCACACCAGUGAGCGCAUGGCGAUCCAUUUUUAUGGCUGACGUCUGGAAUAGACUCCAGACCCACCGACGAGUCCGCAUCGAAGUCUCUGUGCUGCUCAUGUAUGUCAUCAUGCAGGGCUUUGGCGUUCAAUACGCCUCGACAGGCCAAACCAACCUGCUCGACCUCACUCCAGGCGAUCGCAACGAGAUCCUCUUGGUUGGUAUCAACACCAUUGUGUGGUUCAUCGUGAACGCCAUCCAGAUUGGAUUCUACAACAUCGUCUGGGUCCAUGUGCGCCCGACUCCGUUGUACCAUUUUGUCGACAUGCUCUCGCUCUCAAACAUAUCUCUGCUGGUUAUGGACGAGCCCUGCCACGGCUACUAUAUCCACGGGCGAUCCGUCCAUCCGACUGGCGCCGAUACCAACUUCAAGGAGCUCAACGAAAGCCUCAAAAUGGAGACCCAAGAUGUCGUCCCCAAGCGCGGGCUGGCGGACUCGGAAGCGCAGGUGUUUGAAGUUUUCCUGAGCUCUGGAUUCCGAACCACUUACGACUCGGUCUACAAGAUCGUAGUGUACGAGGAGAUGGGCCACUUGACAGAACAAGGAUUGCGCAGCGGUCGAUUCGGAGGUGGAUUCAGCAAAAUGCGCGAGGUUUCGGAAACAUCGCUUCGCGCCUAUGAUGCCAUGAACAAGUUCAUGUGUGCCUUCUUUGACAAGAAUCUGAAGGAGCAUCCGUACUUUAUCUGCAAAAAAUCAUUUGUCGAGCGCUUUGUCGGAGCGACCCCGGACACAUCAAUGGGAUCAAUAUUUUAUCACGAGCCUCUGGGAUACUCAGCCACCCUGCUCUAUGGGCUUGAUGCUCCAUUUAUGCUGUUCUACGCCCUACUGUACAGCGCACUGGACGUUCAUGUUGGUACGGCGUAUGGUUUUGCGCCAGUUCUCGGAGUCUACACCAUGGACGUGCUGCUCUGCAGCAUUCGCAGGUGGAUCAGCGAACGGACGCUCAAGAGUGGCAUCGUUAUUGAUGGAAAGUUUUUGAGCUAA